AUGGCGUCGACGGCGGCUUCUUUGUCUCCUCCUCCUUUGUCUUCCUCUUCUUCUUUUCAAAGUUGUCGUUCCUUUCGAAGACACUUCUCAAACACGUGUUAUUACUUUAAACGACGGGGAAAGCAGUUAAGAAGAAAAACGUUCGUCUUUUCCCGCAACGAAACGAUGCAGACGAGCAGCGCGUUGAAUCUUUUGCGAGGACCAAAGAAGGAGGAGAAAAUGAUGAAAACGAGAGAGACGAAGAAGACUUUAAGAAAACAAGGGGUGAUUUCCGUGCCGUCAUCGUCAUCGAAUUAUAACCAACAACAAAGUAGUUUAAAAUUUCUUUCACCUCAAUUGACGGAAGGACUGGUGAUUGCGAUUUUCUGCGCGCUGGGUUCGUCUUUGAGCGCUUUUUUACUCGCGCUCGUACCAACACUACGAGCGGCAGCGAACGCGAUGAACGAAGUCGCUUUACUCGCAGAGGCGUUGAAAGAGGAAAUUCCGGACACUUUAGCCGCGGUUCGCGUUUCCGGGUUGGAACUUACGGACGCGCUGGAAGAAGUCGGCGAGUUGACGAGCGAAGUUACCGGGGUGACGAAACGGACGACGCGGGCGAUUGAUAUGAGCUUAACGACUGCGCAAAGAUUUGGAGGGAUGGUUUAUGAAGGGUCGAAAACGAUGGUACCGAGUGCGAAGAGGCAGGUGAAGAAUACGGUGAAACCGAUGGUGAGGAGAACGGCGAAUGAGAUUGAAAGCAUCGCCCGGGAAAGAGCGGCGAUGGACCCGUACGCCGGCGAGAUUGUCAGCGGAGUCGCGGCGACGACAAAGAAAGGAGUUGGAAGAGCGAGGAAAGUGAUCGAAGCGGCUGGAGUGGCGAAGCAAGUCGGGCAGGUGUAUAAAGCGGUGAAAGGAAAGCCGCCGAAAGUAAGCGAUUAG